UCUGGAGUCCGUAUUCUUCACCGCAGGCUCCCUACAAAUUCCCUCCAGCUCCCCCAUGUGGAGCAGACGGCAGGGCCUGCUCAGGCCCGUAGGCUGCGGAGUGGAGGAACUAAGGCGUCGCCGGAGAGAGCGGGAAGCAGCUCUGCGGAAAGCGCGGAGGGAGCAGCUGCUGGUCAGCAAGAGGUUGCUGAGAGAUGACGUCCUGGAGGAAGCUGAAGGGGAGAGUGUGACAGUGAUCCUCGAGGAAGCAGAGAUCCAAAAGUUUCUGCAGCAAGCCCAGAGGGGGCCUGUGGUCAAGGAGAGAGAGGGGGCUCUGGUCAGCCUUCGUCGAGGUUUGCAGCACCCGGAGACACAGAAGACCUUCAUCAGGCUGGAGGGCAGCAUGCGCACCCUGGUCGGGCUCCUGACUAGCAACCAGGCCCUGUUGCAGCUUGAGGCAGCUCGGUGCCUUCAUGAGCUCUCUCACUCAGAGCAGCCUGCAGUAGCCGAGGCCUGCCUGCCAGCCACUUCCUACCUCCUCACCUUCCUCUCUGGUUACAGCGCAGACUUUAUAGAGCUCUGUUUGUAUACACUGGGUAACCUGAUUGUGGAGAGCGAGACCGUAAGGAAGCAGCUCCUGCCACAGGGCAUUGUUCCAGCCUUGGCUGCCUGCAUCCAGUCCCCCCACCUGUCUGUGCUGGAAGCCCUUGGAUACGCCUUGUCCCAGCUUCUGCAGGCUAAGGAAGCUCCAGAGAGCAUCAUCCCCUCAGUUCUAGGCUCCACUCUCCCCCAGCACAUGCUGCAGCUGUUGCAACCUGGCCCAAAGCUGAGCCCUGGGGUCGCUGUGGAGUUUGCCUGGUGCCUUCACUACAUCAUCUGCAGUCAGGUCAACAAUGAGCUCCUCAUCACCCAAGGGGCUCUCGCCACUCUGGGGCUGCUGCUGCUGGACUUGGCCGGGGCUGUCCAGAGAACAGAGGGUGCAGGAUUGGAGCUGUUGGCAUGUCCUGUACUUCGGUGUCUUAGCAACCUGCUGACAGAGGCGGCAGUGGGGGCUGCAGGUGGACAGAUGCAGUUUGGAGACGAGCGUGUUGUGGCGGCCUUGUUUAUACUUCUGCAGUUCUUCCUCCAGACACAGCCCAGCCUGCUCCCUGAGGGCCUCUGGCUCCUUAACAACCUCACAGCAAACAGUCCUAGUUUGUGUACCUCCCUGCUCUCCCUGGAUCUCAUCGAGCCCCUCUUGCAGUUGUUGCCAGUAUCUAAUGUGGUGAGCGUACUGGUACUCACAGUUCUGUGCAAUGUUGCAGAGAAGGGUCCUGCUUACUGCCGGCAUAUGUGGCCAGGGCCCCUGCUCCCCGCCUUGCUGGGCAUGCUAGCCUCCUCUGACACUGAAGUAGUAGGCCAGAGUCUGGAGCUGCUGCAACUGCUGUUCCUCUAUAGGCCAGAGGCUGCCCAGGACUUCUACCAACAGUCAGGGCUGCAGGCCUUGGAAAAGCAUGAGGUGGUGGCAGAGCUCCAAGAUCGUGUGCGUGCUCUCCAGCAGAGAGCUCUUCAGGAGUGACCUGGCUUCUUGAUGACACUACCUACAUGCCUCAUCCUCGCCACCCUGUCCUUCCUUGCCAUGGAGUCCUCUCUGGGGAUUUACAGCCAUAAAGAGGUCUCAUAUUCUCUGCUCCACACCUAAACCUAACUGGGAUCUCAUUCAUCUAGCACUGUCCAGCCAGGAAGGCCUGAGGAAACUGUGGUCUACUUUUUCCUUGAAUCUUCUUUUUCUUUUCCUAUCUUUUUCUUUUACUUCACAGCUGAUGACUUUUGACGGGAGAGA